AUGAAUUUCUGUGCAUAUAAUCAAUGUGAAGAAGUCCCCAGCCAUAAACAAACUCAUUUUCAACAACAGAUAAUUCAAAAUGUGACAAUAAACUGUAUAUAUGCUGAAUGUGGGAAGGCUUUCUCCCAGAAGUUACAGUUCACUAAACAUCAAAGAAAUCAUACCAAGGAGAAACCUUAUAUAUGUAAUGAAUGUGGGAAAGCCUUCAGCAGGAAAUCAGAAUUCACUAUUCAUCAGAGGAUUCAUACUGGGGAAAAGCCCUUUGAAUGUAGUGAAUGUGGGAAAACCUUCUCCUCAAAGUCAUAUCUCAACAAGCAUCAGAGAAUUCAUACGAGGGCAAAACCUUAUGCUUGUCCUGAAUGUGGUAAAGCUUUUUCCUGGAAAUCAGACCUCAUUAAGCAUCAGAUAACUCAUACUGGGGAGAAAUGCUGUAAGUGUAGUAAAUGCCGGAAAGCCUUCUUUAGCCCAUCACAACUCAUUAGACAUCAGAGAAUUCACACUGAGGAGAAGCCCUAUAAAUGUUCUGAAUGUUGGAAAGCCUUCUCCCAGAAAUUAUACCUCAUUAGGCAUCACGUGAGUCACACCAGAGAGAAACCCUAUGAUUGUGCUGAAUGUGGAAAAGCAUUUUCCAUGAAGUCAGGCCUCAUUAGUCAUCAGAGAACUUACACAGGACAAAAGCCUUAUGAAAAUAGUGAAUGUGGGAAAAAACAUCAGCGGAAAUCACAUCUUACUGGACAUCAGAUAAUACACACUGGAGAGAAGCCCUAUGUAUGCACAAAAUGUGGAAAGGCCUUCAACCGGAAAUCACACCUUAUUUUACAUCAGAGAUCUCAUACUGGGGAGAAACCAUUUGAGUGCAGUGAAUGUGAGAAAUCUUUCAGCCAGCAGUCACAACUCAUUAACCAUCAGAGAUCUCAUACUGGGGAGAGACCCCAUGAAUGCACUAAAUGUUGGAAAGCCUUUUCUCAGAAGUCAUACCUCAUUAGGCAUUGCAUAAGCCAUACGGGGGAGAAACCCUAUAAAUGUAACAAAUGUGAGAAAGCCUUCAGCAGGAAAUCAGAACUCAGCAUUCAUCAGAGGAUGCAUACUGGUGAGAAGCCCUAUGAAUGUAAUGAAUGCAAGGAAGCCUCCUUCCAUAAAGCAUCCUUUACUAACCAUCAAAGAAUUCAUACUGGGCAGAAACACUAUGAAUGUCCUGAAUGUGGUAAAGCCUUCUUCUGGAAGUCAGAGCUAAUCAUACACUCCAGAAUUCAUACAGGGAAGAAACCUUAUGAAGGUACUGAAUGCAGGAAAGUUUUUAGCACAAAGUCAUAUCUCAUCAUACAUAACAGAACUCAUACUGGAGAGAAGCCCUAUACGUGUUCUGAAUGUGGGAAUGCCUUCAAUUGUAGCUCCAGAUUUAUUAAGCAUCAGAGAAUUCACUCUUGGGAGAAAUAA